CUUGCCGGCUGAGGGGGUUUGUAAAGAAAAAGCACAAGUAAGGAAAAGGAGAUGUGAAGCCAACUUCACCAGGGCACUCAAGCCUAUCACGCUCGAAAUGUCUCCUGCUCAAGACAAAACGGUAAACGCCAUGGCGGAAAUGGUGGACCUGGUGCCGACGGUGCUGGAGCUGUCCGGGAUCGGCGAGCACUUUCCGCACAACGGCAAGUCGUGGGUGCCGGCCCUGACUCAUGCCUUUUCCGGGAGCGGCUUCCUCGAGUCGGAGGAGCCGCUGGUCGAGGUGGGGCAGACGUGACAUGUUCAAGAUCUUGUUGUGCUCAAGAGACGUAUAUACAGCGGCGGGCAGCCAGAAGCAAACAGCAUUUUAUGUAUGUACCGAUUCCCCCCCUCCACCAGCACCUCAGCGGCAAAUGUUCCGCGCCCCGUUCCCGGACAGGCUCCAGUUAAUGUUCUG